AUGAAAGGAGUAGGGGGUGUAACCAUACUCCUUGUGGAGAAAUGGGUGGAUAAGGUCAUAGAGGUUGUCAGGGUAUGUGAUAGAGUCCUUAAGCUCAGGUUAGUCCUGCAGAACAUCACAGCUACAAUUAUCUCUGCCUACAUCCCACAAGCGGGGCUACCAAAUGAUCAGAAGGACCAUUUUUAUGAUAUCCUUCUACAGACUGCCUCAAAGACAAGUGGCAACGACCUCAUCUUUGUGGCUGGAGAUCGGGAAUCUGGUAUCUUCCAUGGUGUACAUAGGGGCCAUGGUUUUGGUUCUUGGAACGAUGAGGAAACUAGUUUACUGGAGUUCUGUGAUGCAUGUAACAUUUUAAUCUGUAACACUAAGUUCAGACAUCCACCUGAUAACCUAUUAAUCAUGGGACUCUGCUAA